AUGCGUUCUGCUGGCGCAUUCAAUGUUGUUUGCUCAUUUGCAGCACUGUGGGCUUUUGUCAAAGUUCUAAGAGCGCUUCGCUGGCGAUUGAAGACCACUCGACUGCGAGGUCCACCUCGUUCCAGCUUCCUAUAUGGCGUUUCGAACGACCUCCUCUCAUCUAAAGAUAGUGCUGGAAUGUAUGAAUGUUGGGCGAAGGAAUAUGGGGUAGUGUAUAUGAUUCCGCGCGUCCUCGGACAGACGAGAAUCGUGCUAUGCGACCCAAAAGCUGUAGCACAUUGUUUUGCCCGAGACGCAUGGACUUACGUGCAGACGCCCCUUGGGUUGAUGUUGGUAGAGAUCUUGGUCGGCAGAGGGCUGCUAUGGUCUCAGGGGGGAAGCCACAGGAGGCAGCGGAAGGCCCUCACGCCAGCCUUCAGUAACGCGGCUGUUCGGAAACUCGCAUCAGUGUUUUAUGACUCGGCAUACAAGGCCAAAGGUGCAUGGGAUAUCACUAUAGACUUGAGCAAGGAUGGGAAUGCUGUCAUCGAAGUUCAAAAGUGGAUGAAUCACAUUUCUCUAGAUACGAUUGGCAUCGCUGGUUUUUCCCAUGAUUUUGGCUCGCUCGACGGGAAGCACGCCAGCGUAACUGAAGUGUUUGACACGUUUGUGAACAACUCACGGGCCUCAGCAGUGAACCAGUUUGCCAUUCUGCUAGCGCAAGCAUUUCCUGUCAUUCUUAAGAUGAUGCCUACUAAGCGGACGAAUCUGGCCAAGAAACUUGGCGCAACCAUGGGUGAAAUAUCCAACAAGUUGUUGAUUCGCAGUCGCCGGGAGAAGGACGCGAGCAUGAAAGACGCAGAAGAGAAGUCUGUUAUUGGACAAUUGAUCAAAGCCGAAGGUCAGGAUUCCCUUCAUCUGUCCAAGGAGGAAGUAGUGGCUCAGAUGAAGGUGUUACUUGUUGCGGGUUACGAGACGACAUCCAUCAGUCUUACGUGGGCACUGAUCGAGUUGUCGCGACAACCCAAUGUCCAAACCAGACUCAGAGAAGAAAUGCUUGCGUUUGGUGCUGAUCCGACAUAUGACCAAUUAAAGGCUAACCUCCCGUACUUGGAUGCGAUUGUCCAUGAAAUUCUACGACUCCAUCCUCCGGUAACCGAGGCCAUUAGACUUGCAGCCGCAGAUGACGUUAUUCCCUUAAGCGAACCUGUGCGCACUGCGUCCGGGAAAAUGACUGACAGUAUAUCUGUAGCGAAGGGGUCAGAGAUUUUGAUCUCAGUCAAGGCCAUCAAUCGCUCUUUCUCCAUCUGGGGACCUGACGCAAAGACAUUCAAGCCUGACCGCUGGCUAGCUGAGGAGGGCAUCAGUGGGAAGGCCAAGGAAGUCCAAGGUCAUAGGCAUUUGCUGUCAUUUCUCGACGGCCCGAGGACAUGUCUUGGGAAAGAUUUUGCAAUCGCAGAAUUCAAGAUGGUUCUAUUGGUUCUGGUGAAGAAUUUUGUGUUUGAAAUGCGGGAUGGGCCAGACACUCAGGUCGAGGUUGCGAGGGGGAUUUUACCUCGUCCGCGGAUUGUUGGAGAGGAUGGUACUGCAGUACCUUUGCGUGUUCGUCGAUAUGAAUGA